GGAGCUGAUUCUAGCACGGUAAAUACACAGAGUCGCAUGCCAUUCAUGUACAGCAGUCAACAUAGCAACAUGGUCGCUAUAGAGCUUUUACUAGAUAAAGGGUCCGAUGUAAAUGCAAUAGAUGAAUGUGAAUGGACACCUUUGCUUUACGCCAUCAUAUACAGCAUGUCGAAUGUCAUCAAGUUGUUGAUCGAUAGAGGGGCAGGCGUCAACGCGAGGAACAGAAACGGCUGGACGCCUUUGUUAGCCGCCGUCCACUUUGGCCGUCAUAAAGCAGUGAAGUUGCUUCUU